GUAAAAAAGCAGCCGCCUACGUUAUGGGUCGUGAAAUUUUAACCUUUCAGUUAGGAAACUACGCCAACUAUAUCGGAACACACUGGUGGAACAUUCAGGAAUCAUCGUUUAACUAUGAUCCCAAUGCGGAACCAUCGGAAAUCGAUCACUCGAUCCUGUACCGGGAGGGUCAGACGAGUCAGCGGCAGGUCACGUUCACACCGCGACUCCUGAUGGUCGAUCUCGCCGGGACGCUGGGUCACGUCCCACGCACCGGUGAUCUUUACGCAGAUCCGAUCGAUCCGGCACAAAUUACCGACGACCCGUCCGAACUCACCGACGUCGAGUGGGACGCACAAAAGUUGGAAAUUAUCAAGCAAAAAACCCCCGCCAAAAAGCAUCCGUAUCAGACGGAUCUGGCCAGCGGGUCCACUGAGGGUGAGAAGGAUUACGAUUUCGCAAACACGGUGGAAAAUUGGAUCGAUUUUAGCUACACCCGGUAUCAUCCGCGCAGCAUCAAUGUGAUUGACCGAUACGAACAUUCCAAGGAUGAAAACCAAUUCGAUACCAUCACGAAUGGCAUGGAGCUGUGGAAGGAUACGGAUUUCCAGGACGAGCUUACGGAUCGCACACGACAGUACGUUGAGGAGUCGGACGCUUGCCAAGGCUUCCAAAUGCUGUUCGACUGUACGGAUGGAUUUUCAGGUCUCGGAUUGAAACUGUUAGAGCAUCUGCAGGAUGAAUACGGAAAACCCUCUCUGCUGUUUCCUGUGUUUUCUCCCAAGCCUCCGAUGUUUAAGAGUGCGGAUGAACCGAUGAGCGAUUCGAUACGCGUUGUCAACACCGCUCUUACAUUUGCGCAGCUGCCGGAGUAUGCUUCGUUGUUCGUUCCACUCUCUACGAUGCAGCGCUGCUGGCGCAAUAUAGAUGGCCCUCGCACCCUUCCCAACAUUGCGUAUGAUGCGGCGAAUCUGUAUCAAACAUCCGGUAUUCUGGCGAGCUUUCUCGAAACCGCAUCCAUACGCUAUCGGCUAAAGGAACCGGCGAGCGGUGGAUUUCUUUCCGGGCUGUGCUGUGAUUUGAAUGCGUACGGGCGUAAAAUGGCCGCUGCUGGGAUGGCCAUGCCGUUUCCGCUCGGUAGUACGCAGGAUUUGAUCGACUGCCUCGAUCAACUCGAGGACAAAAGCCUCAGCGUCCAGCUUUCCCCCAACGUGAACGUUGGCAAACGAGCUAUCGUUCAAUCCGUGUGUGUUCGGGGUCUACCACUGAAUCGCCUAAAACGACCCCCGACGUCUAAAUCCGCUCAGCGGCAGCAAAUUAUGCCCGCCUACCGGUGCACCAGCGUAAGCGAGAUGCUGCAGUUUUUCUACUCGUGCAGCCUGGAGGUCAGUAUGUCGCACGUAACGUCCGUUAAAGCACCGAUGACUAUACGGCAGCCAUUUCCGGUGGAACUGUUCGACAAGCGGGUCGGUUUCGACGGGUUCCUCACCGACUGUCCGCUGGCACAAGCGACCAUGGCGUACGUUCAGCAGUGCCCUACGCUGGCAACGAUUCAAUCAUCCUCCGAUCUCGGAGACGGCCUGGAAGCGCUUCAUCGGGAGGUGAGCCGUAUUCGACUGGCAAAAAUUCCACGAUUUACCGAGUGUGGCCUGGAGGAGGUGGACUACAAGGAAACGGUAGAGCGGCUGCUGGAUUUGAAGGAGAAUUACGACGAAAACUACGAGCUGUAGAUUCGUUGGAAUGUAUUUCGCUUUUACAGUGCUAUUUACAACUUCAUUCAUUUGCUUGCUAGGUUUUAAACCGAGUAAUAAAGUGCUUUAAACUAAUGUGAA